AUGCCUUCUUCUACUGAAUCAGAUGUCAGACGUAUUGAAGAAGAAUUUUGGAUUAAAUGCAAUAUACCUAAUUGUGUAGGCGCUAUAGAUGGAAAACAUGUUCGCAUAAGGGCACCAGAGAAAAGUGAAUCUCUGUUCUUUAAUUACAAAUUUUUUUUUUCAAUUGUUCUGCUGCCUAUUGUGGACGCAAAUUGUAAAUUCAUUAGCGAUGAUGUCGGCGCUUACGGAAAAGAGUCUGAUAACGGUAUAUUUCAUAAAUCGGCUAUGGGCAAGAAAAUAGCCACAAAGGAGUUUAAUAUACCUCCAUCAAAAUGUUUGCCAGGCUCAGAUGUGAUAUUACCACCUUUCCUGAUAGGAGACGAAGCGUUUGCUCUCAGUGAUUGUUUGAUGAAACCUUAUUCCACAAGAGUUGCUGCAUCACAUCGAGACAAACAAAUCUAUAAUUAUAGAUUAUGCCGUGCUCGUCGAGUGUCAGAAAACGUCUUUGGGCUAUUAAGCCAAGUAUUUAAGGUAUUUUAUUGUCCUAUUGUUGUGGCGCCUGAAGUGGAUGACGACCUCGUUUUGUCAGCAUGUUGUUUACACAAUUUGCUACGAGACGGUUAUCUUGAAGAAAAUGGCAUUCCAUUUUAUAGCUAUAGUUUUAACGAAGCAACCAGCCAAAACAACAUGCAAGCGUUUCUCGUUUUGGAGGAUUUCUAA